AUGUUUCCGUUUCAGAUGUUUUGUUCGUCGGUGGUGAUGGCUUUUAUGGUGCUGCAAGGAAACAUCCUCGCAGCCAAUGGAAAAUACUUGUAUCACGAGCAAGAAGAUGGUCUACUCGACGAACGGUACCUGGACGCGCUGGAAGUCCUGAAAGAGGCCCACUCUGGUGCGACUCCGAUCCAUUCGAGUGUGUCGGAAAAAUCGAAAUCCGUCCCUGUUCCCGUGUUUCAAAAGAUUGGCGUCCCCGUGCCACAUCCGGUUCCUGUGGCCGUGCCGCAUUAUGUGAAGGUGUACAUCCCGCAGCCCUAUCCGCUUCAGGUGAACGUGGAGCAGCCGAUCAAGAUACCGAUCUACAAGGUGGUGCCGAAAGUGAUUGAAAAACCCGUCCCAUACACGGUCGAGAAACCGUACCCGAUUGAGGUGGAAAAGCCGUUCCCGGUGGAGGUUCUGAAAAAGAUCGAAGUGCCCGUACCUAAGCCGUUCCCGGUGCCAGUCACCGUGUACAAACAUAUCAUGCAAAACGAGAAAACCCACCGCAACUGGCAUUUCUAA